GUAAUUUUCGUGAAAAACCGUUCAUUACAUUAGUGAUGGCGGUUAUGGCGACCGAACUGUCACGGAUAACAUCCAGCCGCAAGGAUUUACCGUGAAGUUGUAAAUUUUGCUCCCGUCAAUACGGUAUAAGUGCAAAAAAAACGCGAAAAGUGAAAAAAAAGUAAUGGCCUCGAACGAUCCAGUGGUCGUCGACGACGGGAUCGUCGAGCCGGGUAUCGAACCCGGUGCAUCGGCCGAAACAAUGCUCGUUACUACUGACAGUUUCGAAGAGUACGAACAAGAGAUGAGCAAUAGCAUAGAUGACAGACAAAUGAAGGAAAGCACUGCUAGUACGAUAUCGGAGAUUCAAGAAGAUGUGCAAAAUGUUCCAAUCACACCUACGAGUCCAGUUAGGAAUGAACAAACUAAUUCACUCGAGGAGAGCGAGUUGGAUGACGCAACCCACCAAUUAUCUCUCAACAAUCUGGAUACCGAUCCUCUUCGUUGUAAAAUAUGGCUAGCUCAGAAAAAACACAUAUUUGUGCUUUCUCAGGCAGGCAAACCUGUUUAUUCUAGGCACAGUCCAGAGGAUAAACUUGUCACUGUAAUGGGUGUAAUGCAAGCUCUAGUUUCCUUUGUACAAGCUGGCAAUGACAUGAUAAGAUCUGUACAUGCUGGGGAUACCAACUUUGUUUUUGUUCUGAAAGGGCCACUCAUCUUAGUUGCUGUUUCCAAAACUCUGGAGAGUGUGCCACAGCUUGUACUGCAAUUAACCUAUGUAUAUAAUCAAAUACUCUUUGUGCUCACACAAUCACAAUUAAACAGAGUAUACGAGCAAAGGAGAAACUUUGACCUUAGAAGACUGUUGAGCGGUAGUGAAAGACUUAUAGAUCAUUUGUUAAAUUUCAUGGAUCGAGAGCCAGCCUUUUUCUUAGGUGCUGUUAAAUGUUUGCCUCUGGUGCCCUCAAUGAGAGAUUCGAUCACGCAGACGAUUGUUCAAACUUGUGGUAAAAUUAAGAACUUGGUUUUUGCGAUACUCCUAGCUAAUAACCAGUUGGUCACAUUGGUGAGAAUGAAAAAAUUUUUCAUCCAUCCGGCCGACUUACAUCUUAUACAAAAUUUGGUGGAUAGCUCUGAAUCGUUCAAAGCUGCCGAAGGCUGGACACCUAUUUGUUUACCCAAAUUUGAUGCCAAUGGAUUUAUGCAUGCACAUGUUUCAUAUUUGGCGGAAGACUGUCAAGCUUGUUUGUUGUUGCUCACUGUCGAUAAAGAUGUGUUCUCAACACUUUCCGAAGCCAAACAAAAAAUUGUAGAAAAAUUGCGCCGAACAAAUUGUCUGGAAGCUAUUAACGAAUCAAUGAAUAGAACAUCAGUGACAACUGCAGAAAUCGGUCUCCCUCAAAUGCGUCAUGUGUUAUACAAAUGUCGCAGUACAGCGCAAUUUUGGAGCCCAGGGUUUCAACCUCCGUAUACGAAAGACAAAGAAAUCGAGAGGUUGCUUGGACUUUACCAAUGUCUACAUCACAGAUUGCAUGCUCCGAGUCGACCCCUUAAACUGAUAUUUCAGCAGUUAGACAGAGAGACGAUGUUGGCCUGGGUAACGUCAGGAUUUGAGUUGUACGUUACUUUCGAGCCUCUCGUAACCAAACCUGCUGCAAUAGACGCUGUUGGAAUAUUGUUGAAGUGGAUUAAAAAGGAAGAAGACAGGCUGUUUAUUCUCCAUUCACCGACGUUUUAAAAAAUCCGAGACCAAGGGAAGAAAGUGAAUCAUUCAAUUUUUCCAGAAUAGAUAUAGACAAUUUUUGAAGGACAUAAACCGAUGAAAAGACAAAUGAGAAUUCCCUUGGGGGAGGGGGAAGGAUGGAUUUGGCAUUCGUACUUUGGUGUAAGAGAAAAAAAAAAGAAUUGCGAGUACGUAAAAUUGGAGCAAGCGAGUUAUUCCUGGACGUUGUUGAAAAACCAAUGCUCCCUGUUCUCUUACUUCAUACUUUGCUCAUUAUUUAUAACGAAUAACCGAAUUAAGCAUGUUUCACACAUACGCUUCCAGUCUCAAAUUUUAUAUGAUCGAAAUUUUGGUAUGCGGGAGUUUAAGCGAAAAUCUGCACUAAUUCGAUUAUUCCAUGGGAAUCAAACAUCAGAUUUCAGAGUUAAUACAUAAAAAAUUAUCCACAAACACGGUAAAUAAUUAUUGUACGAUAAUAUUUGAAUUUAUAAAUUUUCUUUUUUGAUCUCUAUAAAAUCUUGUGUCAUGUCGAUAAGUUUUCUGGAUAUUUUUAUUUUGCAUUUUUACGGGAUCGUUCGCUACCAAAAUUUUGACUAAAUACAAAAGCUGGUUGAGAACUGAUGUGUGAAAUAUUCUUUAUAUAGUAAUAACGAAAGUCCCAUAACUAUUGUGUAUAUAUAGAGAAAAAAAAAUGAAAAUGAAAUUAACAUGAAGAGCUGAAAUGUGAGUAUAGAAGAGACGUAUAAGAUUUUCAUUGUUUCGAGUUGUAUCGAAAUUGACAAGACAAAGUGUCGACGUUGUGAUGCUUCACUGUACAUAAAAUAUAUUUGCGAAAGUCGUUUAUUCGCAAUGAAAAAAGAAACGCUUUUGUAACCAGUUCGAUUUCUGGCUGAGUUACGACUUGGUUUAAUUAUUAUAAAUAAACAACAAAAAUCAGAAAAAA